UUCCUUGUCACGUGAUGAGGUCGGUGUGGGUCUUCCGGAAGCACGAUGGCGGCUCCCUUGUUGGAGUACGAGACGCAAAUAUUCCUCGAUUUGUUCGGCUCCGACGGGCUUUUGGUGACGGCGGAGGGCUUGGGUCUCGACCGUAUCCUUCUAAAUUUUCUUCGACUUUAUUCCGACGCGGAGAACCUGGUGCUGCUGCUGAACACCGGGGUGGCAGAGCAGGAAUUCUUCAUCGAGCAGCUCCGGGCCGAGGGUGUGAAUCAUCUCCCCCGUGUCGUCACCAACGAGGUCCCCAGCGGUGAGCGCUAUGACGUGUACACACAAGGAGGGGUGCUCUUCGUCACCAGCCGCAUCCUCGUGGUGGACUUUCUCACGGACCGGAUUCCUGCCCACCUCAUCACUGGUAUCCUGGUCUACCGCGCACACAAGAUCAUUGAGUCAUGCCAGGAAUCCUUCAUCCUGCGCCUCUACAGGCAAAAGAACAAGACAGGAUUCAUCAAGGCGUUCACGGACAAGGCCGUGGCAUUUAGCUCUGGCUUUUGUCAAGUCGAAAGAGUCAUGAGGAACCUCUUUGUGAAGAAGCUUCUCCUGUGGCCGAGAUUUCACGCGGCCGUGAACUCCUGCCUGGAGAGACACAAGCCUGAAGUGGUAGAGCUGCACGUGUCCCUGACGCCAGCCAUGACAGCCAUCCAGACUUCCAUCCUGGAUAUUAUGAAUGCCUGUCUGAAGGAGCUCAAGCGCUUCAACCCAGCCCUGGAAGUGGAGGACUUGUCACUGGAGAGCGCCCUGGGCAGGUCCUUUGAGAAGGUCAUCCGUCAUUACCUUGACCCUUUGUGGCACCAACUGGGCAUGAAGACAAAGUCUCUAGUGCAGGACUUGAAGAUCCUCAGGACGCUGCUUCUUUACCUCACACAGUAUGACUGCGUCACUUUCCUGAACCUGCUGGAGUCUCUCCGAACGAGUGAGAAGGCUUUUGGACAGAACUCUGGGUGGCUGUUCCUGGAUUCCAGCACUUCCAUGUUUGUGAACGCCAGAUCUCGGGUUUAUCGCAUCCCGCAGUCGCUUACAGGAAAAAAGCCUGGACCUGCAGGAUAUAAAGACCAAAUUACAAGUGGAAACUCAGAAGUGAAACGGGAGCUGGUUUUAGAGGUUAACCCCAAAUGGGAGGCACUAUCUGAAGUCCUGAAGGAGAUUGAGCGGGAGAAUAAGGAAGCGGAGCUGGAGCCAGGACGUGUUCUUAUCUGCGCCAGUGAUGACCGGACCUGUGCUCAGCUGAGAGAGUUUGUGGUACGAGGACCUGAGGCUUUACUCACCAGGCUGUACAACCGAACCUUUGGGAAAAAUGAUGCGGCGCAAGACCUAAGCAAGGACGGGAAAGGCAGAAAGCCCCAAGGGAAAGGACAAUCGGACAAAGCUGCGAAGGCCAAGAAACCGAAACUGCAGUCCAAGGGAAAGCUGAAGUCGCUGAAGCCUCCGGAACUGACCUUGACGCAGAUGGUCGACAAGAUGGAUCCAGGUGAAGAGGCAGAGAGGGGAGUGGAGCCUAUCGAUGAAAUUGGGAAUAUCGUUGAAGAAGAUGAAGAGGAGGAGGAACAAGAACUAGAGGAAGUUUUACUUAAUCUUUCAUCUGAUUCUUACUAUGGCAUUCUGAAGGAGCCGUUGACUGUCAUUCAUCCGCUGCUGGGGUGUAGCGACCCCUACAGCCUCACACGAGUACUGCAUGAAGUGGAGCCCCGCUAUGUUGUCCUGUAUGAUGCAGAGCUGUCUUUUGUGCGUCAGUUGGAAGUGUAUAAGGCAAAUCGCCCAGGAAAGCCUCUCAGAGUUUACUUCCUAAUUUACGGCGGCUCUACCGAGGAGCAGAGAUACCUGACCACACUGCGAAGAGAAAAGGAGGCCUUUGAACAUUUAAUCAGGGAGAAAGCAAGCAUGGUUGUUCCAGAGGAGAGGGAGGGCCGUGGAGAUACAAACCUGGAUCUGCUCCGAGAUGCCACGCCGGCCAAUGCCACCACGGACACUCGCAAAGCAGGUGGACAGGAAGGUAAAGGGGAAGCCGCACGGGUGAUUGUGGACAUGCGGGAAUUCCGUAGUGAACUGCCUGCCUUGCUCCAUCGUCGCGGUUUGGACAUAGAGCCCGUCACGCUGGAUGUAGGGGACUACAUCCUGUGUCCAGACACCUGUGUGGAGCGCAAAAGCAUCAGCGACCUGAUUGGCUCUCUUAACAACGGACGGCUGUACACUCAGUGCCUGUCCAUGUCGCGCUUCUACCGACGGCCCGUUCUGCUCAUCGAGUUUGACCCAAGAAAGCCUUUCUCCCUGACCGCGAGAACCGACAUCCGCCAGGAGAUCUCGGCCAACGACAUCACCUCCAAGCUGACGCUCCUCACCCUUCAUUUCCCACGACUACGUCUUCUCUGGUGCCCAUCGCCUCACGCUACCGCCGAACUGUUUGAGGAGCUGAAAAGGAACCGACCUCAGCCAGAUGCCACAGCUGCCAUGGCCGUCACCGCUGAAUCGGAAACAGUCCCAGAAUCCUCGGACCUCUAUAAUCCAGGGCCGCAGGACUUUCUGCUAAGGAUGCCUGGCAUCAGUGCCAAGAACUGCAGAGCACUCAUGAGCAAAAUCCACAGCCUGGCAGACCUUGUAACCCUGAGUCAGGAAAAGCUGGCAGAGAUCUUGGGAAAUGCCAUCAAUGCACGUCUGCUGCAUGAGUUUAUACACAAUCCAGGUACUCAGAUGGCAGUGCCCAAAAACAGGAAGGAGGGUAAGGGAAAGAGAUAGCUGGCAGCAUGGACCAGCUCCAUGAUAGGUCAACCUGUGAAUUUUGAACUGAUUGAUCUGAAUGGAGUGAUGGAAAAGCGCAAGAGGCGUCCCCAUCACAUCCACGGACCCCAUUCAUCAUACUGUGGAGUAGACAAAUUGAGAUCUGGGGCUCAGGGGCUGAAAAAUCUCUCUAGUUUUGUACUGUAAAUUAUAAAUGGAAGAGCAAACUUUUUAACAUGGCAUAAAAUAAAUUAUAUGAGCUAUGCAGGCAAA